ACCAAACCUCCUAGAAAGCUCCAAACAACACCUGAAACAUCUUCAACAACACAAUAAAACUCACUCCCAAGUCCCAAUAGCUUCACAAACAAAGAGCAAACAUAUUACUUCUUUUAACCCAGCUAGCUACUCACUCAUAACAAUAAUAAUAAGAAAAAUAACAUACAUACAUGGCUAGAUACUAUAAUGACCAAUAUUACUUCUCGGAAUAUUUCUCUUUCCCACUUCACCUAUGCUUCUUCAUGUUCAUACUCUUCUUUCUGUUGGCCUUUUCUUGGUACAUAAACUAUGAGUCCAAGUUUGAGGACUUGUUUGUUCAGGUCAAGAUCUUGCUAGCACUUGUUCCGCUAAUCUUGUUGCUUAUUGUACACUGCCUCUCCUCCGAGUCGUUUCCGAUUCCUUUGCCGGAGGAGAGGGAGUCGUUGCACCGUGCCGGAGGGUCACCGUGGGGAGUGGCACUCUUGCUUGUGUUCCUCUUCUUCAUGAUGGCUUACCAGUCUUCUUUUCAUGAACGCUGGUUCCCCUUGGUUACUAGAUGAUUUUAGUUGCGCGGGUCAACUUUUUUAUUUUUUAAUAUUGAAUUGAUUUAUUCUUUUUUAUUAUGAAAUAAGUCUCGUACUUUAUUUUAUAACAAGGGAGAAUAAAUUAAUUCAUUAUUAACGAAAAAAGUCAAUAUACUUUUUUUGUUUUGAGAAGAGGCAAUUAUAUAGAGAGAGUGAAGUUAGUUUUAUUUUAGUAUUUAAAAAGAAAAAUAAUGUUAUAUAUAUAUAUAUAUAUAUAUAUAUAUAAAAUAGUAGUAAAGUCGAAAGUCUUAGUGGAGAGAGAAGAACAAAUUGUUUUGCUCCGUUCACUACACACCAAAUACCGUGUUAUAUUUCCUGUAAUAUAUAAUAGAGUUUCUCGACGUAUAAUUAUACUUAUCAAUA